GACAUAACGACACGAUCCUCGGCUACGCUCAGUCCCACUCUCCGCAAGCGACGUCGGGAGACCGAGACUUCGAUCACCAGCGCCGGACUCUCGCCCUCCUGGCCCGUUUCUGAGGAGGCAGGAACAAAACCGACGCCUGGACCUUUGGCUGGUGGUGGCCUCACACCUACGUCCAUCUUCCACCCCAAACAUGAAAUUCCGGGUCACAGGCGAUCUCGGGGCAGCGUUCAGUACACAGAGGGCGGUUAUCGAGUGCCACUUGCUCUGGGCGUAUUGCCGACUCCUCUUGGACGAGAGUUUCAUGUCAACAUAACUCCGGUCAAGGUGCUGGAGGCAUCAGUGGACUUGAAACCAUUCACUUUUGACCUGGGUCUCAACGUUUGA